UGGACACAUGGCUAUGUCGGUUUCAUCCAAUGUCCCGUGACGAACUUGAUCAGUGCUCUCAAGCCAUUUAAAUCCUGGUAGGAUUCCCUGUCAUCGCGUAUUACCGUACCAGAGGAGCUGGCGCAUCAACACCAUCACACGUCGUCGUCGCAUGCUCGACUUCCUCACCCUCUCGUCACUUAUAAAAGAAAAUCAUCUAUACUUCCCCUUUGUAUCUUCAAAGAGGGUAAGGAAAAGAAGGCACAACGCAAAAAUGGGCUCCAUCCUCUCCUCCCUCCGCGGCGCAACAAAAACCGUCACCGCCGUAGCAAAGCUCCUCCUGGACCUGAACAAGACAUACCAAGCCCUCCUUACCCGCGUCAACGCCCCUCCCGGCCUCCCGCACGCGAACCCUUCGAACCCUUAUUGGCUCGACGACCCGCCGUUUCCGGAGCUCGUGGAUGCGCAGUCGGAGAAGCUGCCCGCUGAGGCGGAUGUCGUUAUUAUUGGGAGUGGGAUUACGGGCGCGGCGGUGGCGAGGGGGUUGUUUGCUGCUGCUGCUGCGGGGGAUGUAUCAGAUGAGGAAGGGAGGGAUGGAGAAGGGAAGAAGGGGCCGAGGGUUGUGGUUCUUGAGGCGAGGAGGUUAUGUGCUGGUGCGACGGGGCGGAAUGGAGGACAUGUGAAAGCCAGUCCGCAUGAGUUGUUCACGAAGCUGGCGCGGUAUUUUGGGAAAGAGGGCGCGGCGAGGUUGACGAGGUUUGCGUUGAGGACCGCGGAGGCUGUGUUGGAGGUUGGUGGGGAGGAAGGGAGGGAAGUGGCCGAGUGCAGACGCGUCGAGACGGUGGAUUUCUUCCUCGAUGACAAGGGGUUCGAGGAGGGGAAGAAGGAGGUGGAGGAGUUGAGGCGGUGGGUGCCCGAGGUGGAGAUUGCGGUGCUUGGGAGGGAGGAGACGGAGGCUAGAUUUGGGGUUGAGGGAGGGCAUGUCAGUGGUGGGUUGGUGUAUUCUGCUGGUGCGAUGUGGCCGUAUCGGCUUGUUGCGAAGAUUUGGAAAGAGUUGGUGGAUGAGUUUGCGGGGAGGUUGAGCUUGGAGAUGAAUACGGCUGUUGACGGGGUUGAGGUUGAUGGUGAGGGGGGUGGGAGGCCGUAUGUUGUUAGGACGCCGAGGGGGGUUAUUCGAGCGAGACAUGUUGUUCAUGCUACGAAUGCGCAUGCGGGACAGUUUUUGCCAGGGUUGAGGGGGAAGAUGGCGGGUGUGAAGGCGCAUAUGACGGCUCAGCGCCCCUCGACGACAACAACUUCAUCCGGGCAGGGCACACAACAAGCAGAGGGAGGGGGAGGCUUCCAGUGGCCGGAUAACAGCCGUACGGGAAGCAAAUCAUGGAGCAUCCUCUACGGCAGCGGCGCCUUUGACUACGUCACGCAGCGGCCUAACGGGGACGUGAUGCUCGGCGGCGGGUUCGCGCGGAGCGCGGGUGAGGGCGUGGAUAUGGUUGGCGUGUACGACGAUUCCGGGACGGACGGGAUGACGAUCGCACAUGUUUCUGGGGUUAUGAACGCUGUGUUUGGGGCGAGGUGGAGGGGCGAUGUGGUGAGGGUUUGGAGUGGUGUUUUGGGUGUUACGGGGGAUAUGGCGCCUUUUGUUGGGCGGGUUCCUGCUAGUGCUGCGGGGGUGAAGGGGAAGAAGGAAUCUGUUUCUUCUUCUACCUCUUUGUCUUCUUGGUUUGGAUUGAAGAAGGGGAGGGAGAGUGUCAAGGUGAAGAAGGUUGGGAAGACGGUUGAUGAGCUGGAGGAGGAACACCCGUGGAUGGGGGCUGAGGCGGGACAAUGGGUCAGUGCUGGGUAUUGUGGUGAUGGUAUGGUUUGGGCUUGGCUUUGCGGAACGGCGUUGGGGGUAAUGGUUGCGGGUAAGGAGGAUGCUGUGCUCGAGAAAGGUGUUGGGUUUCCUGGGGGUCGGCUGGGAGAGUGGUUUCCUCACGAGUUGUUGCUUACGGAGGCGAGGUUGAAGAAGGCUGAUCUGAGUAAUUUGGUGGAUGAGAUAUAAUGAACAAAAAUGGCACACCGUUCCAUCGAGGAACAUAAUUAAUCUAGAUGCUCUCUCCUACCUAUCCUAUUGAAUACAAACUGGCCAUUAAGGACCAAAA